AAUUGGACCUUGUGUUUUUAAUGCCUUUGAAUCUUGCGAGGCAAAUGAUAUUCAUUAUUUUCUGUAUAGCAGUGAUCAACCGAAACUUCCUUAUAGAUUGGAUAAUGCAAAUAUAGAGAUACCAAAUCGGUUCAAUCUAUCAUGGCCAAUGAAAGUCAUCCUGCACGGUUAUGCUGGCAGUUUAGACUACAAUGCAACUGCAGACAUCAGAAGAGCGUACAUGAGAAUACCCAACGUCAACGUCCUUGCCGUCGAUUGGGGCGAAUUGGCCACUUUGCCGUGUUAUCCAGCAGCUGCUUUCAACACUGUGCAAGUUGGCCAUUGUACUGCCAAUAUGCUUCUGGCCCUGUCUAUCUUGGACGAACGUUUUAAACCAGAAGAUGCUCAUUUGAUAGGGUUUAGUUUGGGCGCUCAUGCUGCAGCAUAUGCUGCUAAUUAUCUUAAGAAAUUGACGGGGGCUUUGCAGAAACGAAUCACAGGUUUAGAUCCUGCACUGCCAUUUUUUUCAACUCCUCAAUUGUCCUGGAAAUUGGACUCCACAGAUGCCCAUUACGUAGACAUCAUCCAUACUGAUGCUGGUUAUUUAGGAAAAGCCGAAGCCUUGGGUCAUGCUGAUUUUUACGUCAAUGGUGGAUCCAAACAGCCAAUUUGUAAAGGAGAAGAAUAUGAGCAUUUGUGCAGUCACAAUGCAGCGCCCGCAUAUUUUGCAGAAAGCAUAAUUUCCAAGGUAGGGUUCUAUGGUUCCAAAUGUUCAUCUUACAUCGAACAUAUUUUGCGAUGGUGCCCGGCCGAUAAUAAGGACACCAGAGAGAUUAUGGGAGAACCUUCAAAACCAGGAACCGUUGGUGUCUUCUACGUGCAGACAAAUGAAAAACAACCUUUUGCCAAAGUAUUUUUUGCCCAAGCAACACCUAUCAAAAGCAACAAAUUCCUUAUACUAAGAAACGCAACUGAACCACCAAACAGACGAGAUGUGACAAUUGGAUCAUGCGUCCUGGUUUUGGCCAGGACUUGCCCGGAUCCUGAUGUGAGAUUUUAUUUGUUCACCAGACGAAACCCGACUGUGAGACAAUACGUUAUAUUCGGACGAACUGUUGAAGAAUCGAAUAUCACGAAAUCGAAUUUCGAUCCUAAAUUGCCUACAAAAGUCAUCAUACAUGGUUACAAUUCGGAUAUGUAUCUUGGACCACUUAUAGACAUGAGAGCAGAAUAUCUCCAACGUGAUAGAUACAACAUAUUUGCCUUAGAUUGGUCACCUUUGGCACCAUCACCAUGUUAUCCGACAGCGGUGCACAACACUAGGCACGCGGGCGAAUGUUUGGCACAAAUGUUAACAACCCUUCGUAAAAUUGGAGCAAAAAACGUGCACGUCAUAGGAUUUAGUCUUGGGGCUCAUGUGCCUAAUUUUGCUGCAGUCGCUAUGAGACCACAUGUGAUAGAACGAGUAACUGGAUUGGAUCCAGCAAUGCCCCUGUUUGCAACAGCAGAACCUGAUGACAGAUUGGACGAAAGUGAUGCACUAUUUGUCGAUGUUAUACAUACAAAUGCUUUAGUGCAGGGACAAAUAAUAUCUUCUGGACAUGUAGACUUUUAUAUGAAUGGAGGUGUUACACAGCCAGGAUGUUGGCAAGGACCAGAAAAUCCUUUUGCCUGUAGUCACCAUCGAGCACCUGAUUAUUUCUGUGAAUCCAUCAACAGUCGCAAAGGAUUUUGGGGUUGGUCUUGUCCAAGUUUUUUGUAUUAUUUACUCGGAUUGUGUCCUCCAAGAAGUAAUCAGAUUCAAGCUGGAGAAGAUUGUGCACCCAAUUCCAAAGGAUUUCACUUAGUCGAAACAAGAUCUGAUAUGCCUUUUGCUUUGGGCAAAAUAACUGAGUUAUCAGAAUCGAAUGGACAAGAUACACGAGAUGUAUUUAACCAACUACAAAGACUUACUUUAUAUCCAACAAAACCUCAACAAUCAACAAUGAACCGAGACGAUUGGGGAAAACUGGAAGGAGGCUUCAACAAUAUACAAGGGGCAAUUUAUGUGCCAAGAAAUUUGAAAACAACACAAGAUGAAGAUUGGGAUUUGUCACAUAUUCCUGUAUUUCAAACGAAUAAUUUAGCCAAGAGAUCUCAUAACAAAAACUCAAAUUCCAAAAUAACAAUAGAAAAUGAAAUAAAUGAUGAAAAUCUCAGAAUGUUGAUGGAUGAUUUUUGUGGUUUAAAAUGUGAUAGUAAUAAAAGGUUUGAUGAUGAAUGA